AUGAUUAUUUCAACAGUGAUUAAUGCAUUGAAUGAAACAUCGUUCAUGAACAAUGAUUUUUUAAUUGAUGGUGAUAAUGAAAAUUUUUAUAUAGUUAAUAUACUUUUAGAAGCUAAUGGAGUAUUAACUCCAAAAGUCGGUCAAAAUGAUACAGGUUUAUCAAUUCGUUUAACAACUCGUGAUGGUAUAAAAAGUGAAUGGCAUCAUUUAUAUAACAAUGAAGAAUCAAAUUAUUUCGGUCAACGUAGUUAUAAUCUACCUUCAAUAAAACAUAAUUUCGAUAUUAUUUCUAGUAUUUCUAUUCGUAUUGAUAAACUAGAAUUAGCUAAUUCAACAAUGCCUUAUUAUCUUUGUAUUCAUGGAACAACAAAUAAUAGUACACUAAAUGAAAAUUGGAAUGGAUGUGCUUAUAUGCAACCACCUGUUGGAAAUAAAAAUGGUGCUAAUCAAGAAUAUUUAUUACGUGAUCCUAAUGGAAAACUAAUCUAA